GGAUCUGUGUCCGUUAGUCUCGCUGUCUGCAAAGCAGCUGGCUUCACACCUAAAAUGAUCAUUAAGAACAUGCCCGAGCCGGUUUGCCCCGGGCAGGGCUCGUGCAGGAGGCAACCGAUGGAUGUGUUUCUCCCACAUCGAUGCUUCUCUCUCUUUUUCCCUCUCCUUAAAAAUCAAAGGAAAAACGGGUGAGAAUUAAAAAAAGAAGAAAAAACGAAUAACAAAAAAAAGAACAGUAUUUUUUUAAAAAAAGGAACAGUAUUAAUUGAAGGAUUGAAUGAAUGCCCACCCACGCGCCGGGCGGGUCACACCGGCGUCGCGCGUGGCAUACGUCACUUCCUCCCGGAAGACACUUUCUCGGGAGACCAUCAGAUUCCUGUCACUUCUCAGAACCCUCCGGUGGUGGCCAUGGCUCUGCCGCCCUUCUUCGCCCCGGGUCGCCCGGGCCCGCCGCCGCCGCAGCCGCUGCCGCCCGCUCCCUUUGGCUGUCCGCCGCCGCCGCUGCCCUCGCCGGCUUUUCCGCCGCCUCUUCCCCAGCGCCCGGCCCCUUUCCGGGGGCCUCCGCCCCCUUCCUCCAGCCCCCGCGAACAGGAGAUGGCCCGCUGGCGGGUCAAGUGCGUCCAGGGUGAAGAGAAGAAGCGGGAGCAGGAACUUAAAGCCGCCGCCGAUGGUGUCUUGUCUGAAGUGAGGAAAAAACAAGCAGACACCAAAAGAAUGGUGGACAUUCUUCGGGCCUUGGAGAAAUUGAGGAAACUCAGGAAAGAGGCUGCAGCAAGGAAAGGGGUCUGUCCUCCAGCCUCAGCAGAUGAGACUUUUGAGCAUCAUCUUCAGCGACUGAGAAAACUCAUUAAAAAACGCUCUGAACUAUAUGAAGCUGAAGAGAGAGCCCUCAGAGUCAUGUUGGAAGGAGAACAAGAGGAAGAGAGGAAGAGAGAACUAGAAAAGAAACAGAGGAAAGAAAAAGAGAAAAUUUUAUUGCAGAAGCGGGAAAUUGAGUCCAAGUUAUUUGGAGAUCCAGAUGAGUUCCCGCUCGCUCACCUCUUGCAGCCUUUCAGACAGUAUUACCUCCAAGCUGAGCACUCCCUGCCAGCACUCAUCCAAAUAAGGCACGAUUGGGAUCAGUACCUGGUGCCAUCUGAUCAUCCUGAAGGCAACUCUGUUCCCCAAGGAUGGGUCCUUCCACCGCUUCCCAGCAACGACAUCUGGGCAACUGCCAUUAAGCUGCAUUAGUAAAGACGCUCCGGGAGUGUGGACCAGGCAACGCUCUCUCCAGCUCUGAACAUUAGUGAUGCUGCCAUCUUGUGCUGCAGACCAAACAACAACCUGUAAACUCCACAUGGCAUGGCCCUUCCCAGAAGUUCCAUUUUCCUACCAUGCUCUGUCCUGGCCAAAUGUGCUUUGGAAUCAGAUUAAUAUGGUUCUUUGGAAAGGACCUAGGUGGACUGGGGCUAUUGCCACAUGCCUUGGCUCACUGAAUUUGCCUCUGUUUUGAGGGGCUUGGUCCAGAGUGACUGGCUAAUUUACUCAACUUCCUGUGUGGCAAUGGGUAAGUACAUGCCAAACACUCAACACAGGUGUGCUCUGGGUAGUUUAGUAGCCCUCCCCCAGUACAGAGUGUGAAGGCAAGCUUGAUGCAAAACCCCCAUAUCCUUCCUACCCGUGUAGCCCUCUAACUUCCAGGAAGAAAGGGGAAAGAUGCUUUAUCUGUGAAGCCCACUUUUGGUGCAGCUUGAGAGGCUGUGGGCCGCAGGCUGGGCUGGAGUAAAGCUGGUGGCUUAGUCGGGUACUCAUUUGGAGAACUCAGGACACCUGAAGAGUACCUACACCUACACUGGAUCGUGUUUUAAUGGGUGACGGCUGCAUUCUCCCUAUGUUAGAAGGAUCCUAAUGAAAGGAACUGCUUUGUAAGUUCCUAGAGGUCUAGUUGUUCAGAAUCCCUAAGGAUAGAAAUUUAUUUCCCUAUGGGAGUAGGACCUUAACCUCAUGUACUCAGAAGGGGCCGGUAUAACUGUGGAAUUUCUUAGGAAUAUUCAUGUAGUUAAAGCUGGGGGGAAAGCAGAUAAAAAUAAUGUUUAUUUUUUUAUAUUCAUUAAUAAAUGCUCUUGUGCCUGGAGAUGAUCAGUGAUAUAACAUGUUAGUUUUUCUGUUUUACUUUGCCUUUUGGUCAUUUAUUGUUAUUUAUAUUUCCAAAAACCUAAAUAAAUAUUUUUAUUUUUUA